AUGCCGAGGGAAAUUCCGUGGCCAGCCCUCCAGGUCGGCACCGUGCCGAGGAUGCCUGUGCGUGAGCGGUUGAAGAAUUUGUAUUUUCUUCUUUUUGGGUCCCAUUUUAAUCGAGGUAUCAUAGCGGCGUCUCUCAUACUUUUGGGGGUCAGCUGCGUUAGCCCUGCCUCGGUGACAAAACUUUGGUAUCACACCAUGGAGGGUGUACUGACGUUUCUUUUUGCGGGCGAAAUCGCGCUCCGACUCGCCGUGAUGCGCAGCAACUUUUGGGAGUCAGCGUAUAAUAUUUUGGAUGUUGUGGCCUGCGUUAUAUGCAUCACAAUUUUCUUUGUCCUUCAUUUCUCGCGUCAACAAUCCUCGCGGGCGGAGCACCAAGUGCUCAUCGUCUUGCGCUACCUUGGGCAGCUACUGCGGAUGGCGGGUGUUGUUGCUGCGGACACGAUGACUUCGGCAAGUGCCGAGAACAGCAUUCAGCUUUUUGCUGCAAGCAGUGCAAAACUUUCUUCAACAGAUUCGAGAGCGUUGUACCGCGACGUACUGUAG